AUGUCUUUCCCGCCGCACGAUUUGUCUGCACCAUUUAACUUUGCAAAGGAGGAGGAGAAAGUCCUCGAGUUCUGGCGCGGAAUAGACGCCUUUGGGACUAGCUUGAAGCUCUCCGAGGGAAGACCAGAGUUCUCGUUUUACGAUGGUCCCCCAUUCGCAACCGGUCUCCCACAUUAUGGUCAUUUGCUAGCCGGAACGAUCAAGGACAUUGUCACUCGCCAUGCGCACGCGAGUGGAUACCAUGUCACCCGUCGCUUCGGCUGGGACACACACGGCCUCCCCGUCGAGCACGAAAUAGACAAGAAGCUGGGCAUCACCGGCCGUGAAGACGUCAUGAAGAUGGGUAUUGCCGCCUACAACGCCGAAUGCCGCGCGAUUGUCAUGCGCUACGCGUCCGAGUGGCGGCGCACCGUCGAGCGCAUGGGCCGUUGGAUCGACUUUGACAACGACUACAAGACACUCAACGUCACCUUCAUGGAGAGCGUCUGGUGGGCGUUCGGCGAGCUCUACAAGAAGGGGAUGGUCUACCGCGGGCUCAAGGUCAUGCCGUACUCGACCGGCUGUCUCACACCACUGUCGAAUUUCGAGGCGGGCCAGAACUACAAGGACGUAAGCGACCCCGCGGUCACGGUCGCAUUCCCGCUCGUCGAUGACCGCACGACGUCCUUACUUGCAUGGACGACAACGCCAUGGACGCUUCCGUCCAACCUCGCUCUGUGCGUACAUCCUGACUACACCUACGUGAAGAUUCACGACCAGGAACGCGACCAAAAUUUCAUACUACACGAGGGCCUGCUCCGUACGCUGUACAAGGAUCCGAAGAAGGCUAAGUUUAAGAAGCUCGGCACGUUCAAGGGCACAGAUAUGAAGGGCUGGCGAUAUGUGCCGCUAUUUGAGUACUUCACGGAUCAGUUCGAAGACAAGGCAUUCCGCGUGCUCAACGACACAUACGUGACGGCCGAAGACGGUACCGGUAUUGUCCACCAAGCCCCCGCCUUCGGUGAGGAUGACCACCGGAUUGCCAUUGCGAACGGUGUGUUGCGUCCUGAGGAAAUGCCCCCAUGCCCGAUCGACGAUGCUGGCCGCUUCACGGACGAAGUGCCCGACUUCAAGGGUCUGCACGUCAAGGCUGCGGACAAGGACAUCCAGAAGGUUUUGAAGGCCAAGGGCCGUCUGAUCGUGCAGUCGACCAUUAACCACUCCUACCCCUUCUGUUGGCGCUCAGGUACUCCCCUGAUCUACCGUGCCAUCCCUGUGUGGUUCGUGCGUGUUACGCCCAUAGUUGAUCAGCUUGUUGCAAAUAACAAGGAGACGCGAUGGGUGCCGCAGAGUGUUGGUGAUGGCCGUUUCGGCAAUUGGCUCGCAAACGCGCGCGAUUGGAACAUCUCGCGUAAUCGGUAUUGGGGCACGCCCAUCCCGCUCUGGGCGAGUGAAGACAUGGAGGAGAUUGUAUGUGUGGGCUCUGUUGAAGAGCUCGAGACGCUUUCUGGUGUCAAGGGUAUCACGGACUUGCACCGGGACAAGAUCGACCACAUCACCAUCCCAUCGAAGCAGGGCAAGGGCCAGCUCCGGCGUAUCGAGGAGGUCUUUGAUUGUUGGUUCGAGUCCGGCAGCAUGCCGUACGCGCAGAUCCACUACCCGUUCGAGAACCAGGAUACGUUCCAGCAAACGUUCCCGGCAGAUUUCGUGUCCGAAGGUAUCGACCAGACGCGCGGAUGGUUCUAUACGCUCCUCGUGCUCUCAACACACCUGUUCGGCACCGCACCAUGGAAGAACCUCAUCGUAUACGGGCUCGUCCUCGCAGCCGAUGGCAGGAAGAUGAGCAAGAGCUUGAAGAACUACCCUGACCCCAACGUCAUCAUCGACCAGUACGGCGCCGAUGCUACGAGAAUGUUCCUCGUCAACUCGCCCAUCGUGCGGGGCGACAACUUACGCUUCCGCGAGGAGGGCGUGCGGGAGGUCGUCUCCCGCGUUCUGCUCCCGUGGCUUAAUGCGCUCCGCUUCUUUCUCGGGCAGGUUGCACUGCUCAAGAAGACGACUGGUCGCGCAUUCCAGUACGAUGCGCACGCGCCUCUCUCACAGAAUGUGAUGGACCGCUGGAUCCUCGCGCGGUGCCAGUCGCUCAUCCGGCUGGUGAGUGAGGAGAUGGCCGCGUACCGCCUCUACACCAUCAUUCCCCGUCUGCUCGACCUCGUCGACGAGCUGACGAAUUGGUACAUCCGAUUCAACCGGAGAAGACUCAAGGGCGAGGACGGUGUCGAAGACACAGUGACCGCGCUAAAUACCCUGUUCGAGACGCUAUUCACCCUCUGCCGCACAAUGUCGUCGUACACCCCCUUCCUGACCGAAAAUAUCUACCAAGCACUACGCCCCUUCAUCCCCGAGAACCCUGCUGCAGGCGAUGUGCGCUCCAUACACUUCCUUGCCUUCCCGGAAGUGAAGGAGGAGUACUUUGACGUAGUCAUCGAGCGCCAAGUGAAGCGGCUGCAAGCCGUCAUCGAGCUCACGAGAAAUAUCCGCGAGCGUCACAAUCUUUCUUUGAAGACACCAUUACGGGAACUUCUGGUCUUCCACGCCGACAACGAGUACCUUGAUGACGCACGCGGGCUGCAGCGGUACAUCCUAUCAGAGCUCAACGUCCGUGACGUCGUCUUCACAUCGGAUGAGAAGAUGGCGGGUGUGCGCCAUCGUGCAGUAGCUGACUGGGGAGUCCUCGGCAAGAAGCUUCGAAAAGACAUUGGUCGCGUCAAAGCUGCGCUGCCGAAGGUUCCGAGUGACGAUAUCCGCUCAUACGUGGAGACGGGCAAGCUGAACGUGGAUGGCAUCGAGCUAGUCGCGGGCGACUUGACUGUGCAGCGCUACAUCGAGUUACCCGAGGUCGAGGGCCAGGCGCAAUAUGCGACGCACACGGACAACGAUGUUGUCGUGCGGCUUGACAUUCAAGUACACGCCGAACUACAGAGUGAAUGGCUUGCGCGCGAACUCAUCAACCGCAUGCAGAAGCUGCGAAAACGGGCAGGAUUGCAGGCGACGGACGAUGUGGAUGUGUUCUAUGUAUUUGAGGAUGGCACGGGUGCCGAGCUGCUCCAGGCGAUGGAUGAGUACGCAGAGCUGAUUCAGAAGACGGUGCGCAGUGUGCCCGUUGAUGUGUCCAAGAGAAAAUCAACACAGAAAGUGCUGAUCGAGGAGGAGCAAGAGGUCGCAGACGUCAAAUUCAUUUUGUCGUUGUCAUGGUCCUAAAAGCAAUCAACAGUCGAAGAUAGGUAGCAAAGAAAUGUAUCACAAUAGUGUUGUAUCUACAUAGAACCAGGUCGCUUCUCGCGCUCC